AUGAGCGUGUUGCCAUUGAGACGAGGGCAGGAUUCGCGUGGCAGGUGCAUCUGGCAACACUGCCUUGAUAGGAUAGGGAAGGUAACAGUGCAGCAACAUCCGCUUGGCUUAUGCACGCAACAUCGCUUUUAUUGGUGCAAGCCACGUGCACGCGAGGAGGUAAUAGUUNGGCGGAGGCGAGCAUGGAACCCCGGCACGCCUCUCCUCCCUCGGACCUCGGAGAGCAGCGGAGAGCCACGUCGCCGCCGCCGAGACGAGCCGAGAGGCGCAGACGGUCGCGAAUUCCGGACGAGUGCGAGAGCGGCCGCCGGGCGCCGUGACCGCAGAUCGGACAGUGCAGUGGAGGCCCCCGGGGCGCUGUGCGGGCGGAGACCUGUGGGGCCGCAGUGUGCUGGAGGCGGAGGAGAAGGAGGACCUCGCGCCGGUAGUAUGGCUCUCCUCGACGACGACAGCCCGCGGGAAUGUAGGAUCUGCUUCAACGACUUCGACGAGGCGGAGCGGCGCCCCCGGAACCUGCCCUGCGGCCACACCUUCUGCACGCAGUGCAUCGCCGGCACCUUCCGCGUCAACAGGUUCAUGUGCCCGAGCUGCCGCGCCGCCCACGUGGCCCUCGACGUCACGGUCUUCCCCGUCAGCUACAUCACCGAGGCCUUCGUCAGGUACGUGCGCAGGCGGAGCCCCGAGCGCGACGCCGUCGGCAGGAGGCCGCUGCAGGAGGAGGAGGUGCGGCUGCGCAAGCUGAUCUUCGGCUGCCAGGAGACGCAGACGCACUGGACCACUGCGGCCGAGGUGGCCAAGGCGGGCCGCGAGGCCACCAGGAUGGCCACGCGCAUCGACGCCAUCGCCGAGCACAACCGCCGCGUCCUGCAGCACAUGCUGGAGGAGCACCGCCGCGUCGCCGGCCAGUGCGGCGGGGGCGCGGCCGCCGAGGAGCCGCCCUUCAGCCCGCGGAGUCGCCUAGACUUCCACGUGGGCUUGGCGGCCACGCCCGGGACCGGCGGCCCUCCCGGACGCCCCCGGCGGCUCGCGCGGGGGGAGCAGCCGGGGUCGCCGCGGACCCGUCGGCCGCCCGCCAGACAGGUUCCGGCUCUCGAGGCUCACGGAACAUAUUGAACGUGCAACAGCUGCUGUUCGAAGGGGAGAUGCAAAUAUUUGGGAAACGUCGCAGUCUGUGGCUAAGUACAAGAAGGGCGCCCGCGGUCGAUCAGGCGUGGUGGGCGAGCUGGAGGCCGGGGGGGUGUACGCCCUCGACGACCCCUCCUCCUCCUCCCCCCCCUUCCCCGGCGCCUCCCCCCCGCGCUCCGCAAGGAUGACCUU